AUGGUGUCUUCGGGACCGCAUGGCAUACCAGAAGCAGUGCCACUGCAUCGGGAGGUGGCUCGUGAGCUACAGAAGUGGCAGACCCGCGAUUUGAGCGGUCUUUUUAACGAUAUUCGAGGCCAUUUCAAUCAAGCGUUGAUAGAGGCUAUUGAUGAGGGCACUGUGAUGGAUACCUCAGCUCUUCAACUUGGAGAGGUUUACAAAGACUUUCAAGCACUGGAACAGCGGCAAAGAAAGCUUGCUUCGCGUGUUGGCGAAACCCGGGCUCGCUACGUAGCCGACUGCCAAGGGCUGCCAGAAGUGACAUGGGAAAAUUGGGAUGCUUAUCGAGAAGGUGCCCUAAAAGCACCACAAUUGCACCAGGUGUUUGCAGAGACCUUCGGACGCAACCCCGUGGCCUCGAAAGACCAAACUUCGGUCCUAUUCCAUGCUCUACCCUACAUUUUACGUGAUCCUCGCAGUGUCGUGCCGGAUCUUACGUCCCCAGAAGAUGAUGACGAACUACACAUUGCUGGAGGACGCAUCGAGCUGACGUGUCCAAUCACUUUCAAGACGUUCGAAAAACCCAUGGUGUCGCGUAAGUGUAGCCAUGUUUACGAACUUGAGGGUUCCAGGCAGUAUUUACAGAACGAGCCUAGUAGAAAUUGUCCAGUGGCCGGGUGCGGUCAAAAAGUGUCCAUUUCCGAUUUGGUUCGCGAUGAACUCAUGGAGUUGAGAUGUAGAGUAUCCAAAGUCCAGGAAACCCAAGAACAUCAGGAUAAAGGUCUUUCCGUUCCGACGCUGUGA